UCCCGCUCUCGCCUGCCAGCUUUUGACGACCGCCUGGAGGACGACGAUUUUGACCUGAUCGAAGAGAACUUGGGAGUCAAAGUCAAACGCCAAAAAUUCAGGCGUGUGCGAAAAAUGUCCGAUGACGAGGAUGAUGAAGAGGAGGAUUAUGGGAAGGAGGAGCACGAGAAGGAAGCCAUCGCUGAAGAAAUUUUCCAGGACGGGGAAGGCGAAGAGGGGGGCGAGGCUGUGGAUGCCCCCAUAGGUGCCCCGGAGGAGGAGGAAGAGGAGGAGGAAGACGAAUCGGGUGGGCACCUCCCUGCCUUUCGGGCGUGGCUGUCCCAGGCUGAGUGCCCGGGGUGGCAGUGACCGUGGUGCCGCGUG